UCGGGCCAAUUGCCGGGGGAAUCAGCACCGAGGAUCACCAAGAAAAACUGCAGCUCAAGUGGAGAUUUUUGGAUUAAUGAAGUCCAGGUUUGAGGGUUUUAAAAUCAGAGAUGUAAAGGGCAAGUUGGAUAAAUACCUGACUUCUGCUGGGCGUCCGUCCUCCACCGAAGAGCGCUUUGCAGCGAGCCAGCGACACCGACGGAGAGCAGCAACAACAUCAGCCGGGCCACCAUGAACCUCAUCGGGGGCUACCAGCACCACCACCACCUCAUGCAUGAACCUUUCCCCUUCGUGCAGCGCUGCCACCAGGACGCCCCUUACUUCCAGAGCUGGGUGCUCAACCACGGCGAGGUUCCACCGGACUUCCAGAUCCAGGCUCCGUACCCGGCUGCGGAGCUAGCCCCCGCUGCUGCGCACGACGCACGCUUAGAGGGCCUCCAGGUCGGGAUGGCGAAACGGCGAGCGUCGGGGCCCAAGAAGGAGCGCCGGAGGACGGAGAGCAUCAACACGGCGUUCGCCGAACUGCGGGAGUGCAUCCCGAACGUACCGGCAGACACCAAAUUGUCCAAAAUAAAAACUUUACGCUUGGCCACAAGUUACAUCGCCUACCUGAUGGACGUCCUGGCUAAGGACUCUGGGGAGACCGAAGGCUUUAAGGCCGAAAUUAAGAAAUUUGAAAACCGGGAUCUGAAAAGGAAAAGGGAGAUGAAUGAAGGCCCCCAGGACUCCUUUGCGACGGAGAAGAAGGUAAAGGGCAGGACCGGAUGGCCACAGCAGGUUUGGGCUUUGGAGCUCAACCAGUGACACAAAACCUAAAAACAAACAAACCAAAAAAAAAAAAUUACAGACGAACCAGAUAAACCACUUGACUGUACCUGAACGCAUCAUCUGUUGGAUCCCAAUGACGAAAAAGGAGAGAAUUGUUGGGGGAGGAAAAAAAGGACAAAAUAAUUAUUUUCUCCUUUUGCUUUUUGUGUUUAUUAAAUUUAUAAUAUUUAUCCCUUCAUUCUUGUCGUCUUGGUGUCGCAAACAUUCAAUGAAAAACUAUCUAGACACUAAAGUUAAAUUAAUUCUAUGAAAUAAAGUGGCGUGUAAGUGCAUUAAUAUGUGUUGUAAAAUGAACAAUUUAAAUUAU